GGCACCUGGACUUUGACAGUCCGCAAGGCGAGGAGGCACUGUUGGGCCAGGCUGCUGGAGCCGCGCGGGAGGCAGGUGGAAGGGCGCCCGAGCAGGGAGAUGAAAUAACUACACAACUGACUGAGAACAAGAGAGAAGGUCAGGAGGUCAGGGAUGGAGCCUGGGACCCCCCAGGGGCCGCCGCAGCCCCGGGGGAGGCCCCCCGCACAGUCACAGGGCCCGGGCCUUCGGAGAGACGGAUAUUACCGGCCUGCGCCCCACACUUGGCACAACGGAGAGAGGUUCCAUCAAUGGCAAGACGCCCGUGGGAGCCCCCAGCCACAGAGGGACCCCAGGGCAGACCACCAGCAGCCCCAUUACAUGCCCAGGCCUGGGGACAGGCCUCAGCCUGGGUCAGGGGUUGACUAUCAGGAAGGUGGCUAUCCCCCCCAGUUGUAUGCGAGGCCAGGCAUUGAGGAUCCAUAUCAGAGCUACCUCCCCCCGGCUCUGAGGGAAGAGUAUGCUUAUGGAAGUUACUACUACCGUGGGCACCCGCAGCAGCAGCCAGAAGAAAGAGUGCGGAGGCAAGCGAGUCCUUAUAUCUGGCAUGAAGAUUAUCGAGAGCCAAAGUACCUCCCUGAGCAUCACCGUGGAAACCAGAAGAGUCCGUCUGGGACACACAGUGAGACCCAGUUCCAAUCUCAGAGUGGGAACGCUUAUAAAGACAGCCCUGCUUCCAACUCUGGGCAGGAGAGGCCUGGGAACCUGUUUCCGGAGAGUCUACUCACGGGGGCCCAGAUGAAUAAGCCACCGCUGAGCAACGAGUCCAACCUUGUGCAGCAGCAGGAGUCCGGCCUCAGCUCCAGCAGCUAUGAGCUCAGCCAGUACAUGGCCGAUGUCCCCGAGCCCUACGACCCCGUGGCCUCAGCAGCAUGGAGACCAAUUCAGGACGAGGACGCACCGGCAGCGGGUUUCAAGGCGCCCAUGAAGUUCUACAUCCCCCAUGUGCCUGUGAGUUUCGGGCCAGGAGGCCAGCUGGUGCGUGUAUGUCCCUGCUCUCCCAGCGAUGGGCAAACGGCCCUUGUUGAACUGCACAGCAUGGAGGUUAUUCUUAAUGAUUGUGAGGAACAAGAGGAGAUGAGAACUUUCUCAGGACCCCUGAUCAGGGAAGACGUGCACAAGGUGGACAUCAUGACAUUUUGCCAGCAGAAAGCAGCUCAGAGCCGCAAAUCCGAGACCCCAGGGAGCAGAGACUCAGCUCUGCUGUGGCAGCUGCUGGUUCUCCUUUGUCGGCAGAAUGGGUCCAUGGUGGGGUCUGACAUUGCGGAGCUGCUGGUGCAAGACUGCAAGAAGCUGGACAAGUACCAGAGGCAGCCACCGGUGGCCAACCUCAUCAGCCUGACCGAUGACGACAGCUGGCCAGUGCUCAGCGCGGGGACCCCGAACCUGCUCACCGGGGAGAUUCCCCCCAGUGUGGAGACGCCAGCGCAGAUCGUGGAGAAAUUCACUAAACUGCUCUACUAUGGGAGGAAGAAGGCAACCUUGGAGUGGGCCAUGAAGAACCAUCUGUGGGGCCACGCUUUGUUCCUCUCCAGCAAGAUGGACCCAAGGACCUACAGCUGGGUCAUGAGUGGCUUCACCAGCACGCUGGCGCUCAACGACCCGCUGCAGACUCUCUUCCAGCUCAUGUCCGGGAGGAUCCCGCAAGCAGCCACGAGUUGUGGGGACAAGCAGUGGGGAGACUGGAGGCCUCACUUGGCGGUGAUGCUGUCGAACCAGGCUGGGGACCCGGAGCUGCAUCAGCGUGCGAUCGUCACCAUGGGGGACACCCUGGCGGGGAAGGGACUGGUGGAGGCCGCUCACUUCUGCUACCUCGUGGCUCGCGUGCCCUUUGGCCACUACACCGUGAAGACAGACCACCUGGCCCUGCUGGGCAGCAGCCACAGUCAAGAGUUUUUGAAAUUUGCUACCACUGAGGCGAUCCAGAGGACUGAGAUCUUCGAGUACUGUCUGAUGCUGGGCAGCCCCCAGUCCUUCAUCCCUUCCUUCCAGGUGUAUAAGCUCCUGUACGCUUCCCGGCUGGCAGAUUUCGGCCUCGCGUCCCAGGCCCUGCAUUACUGUGAGGCCGUUGGCACAGCCCUGCUCAGCCAGGGAGAGGGCAGUCACCCCGUGCUAUUGGUGGAGCUCAUCAAGCUGGCCGAGAAACUGAAGCUUUCUGAUCCCCUGCUGUUGGACAGACGCCGCGGGGACCGGGCCCUGGAGCCGGACUGGCUUGUGCGCCUUCGGAAGCUGCACAAGGAGCUGGAGCAAAAGGUAGCAGGAGACACUGGGGAUCCCUGUUCUCAUUCAGAUAUUUCCGGAGCCCAAGGAACAACAGGAAACCCUUCCUACUACAAUCUUUCAAGACAUCAAGGGGACUCAGACACCACCAGGGACCCCUCGGCCCUGUGGCCAACGGUGGAACCCGUGCGCCCGGCCCGGCCCAGUCCACAGCAGCCCCUUGCACUGCAGCCGGGCUCCUACCCGGUGGGCGGAGAUCUCGGGCAGACUGGGGUCCCAGUGCCUCUUUACUCAGUUCCCGAGACCCACCUGCCAGGGCUUGAUGGUGGCACGGCAGUGACAGAGGCUCCCGGAGGAAGGGCCUGGGAGGGGGCCCAGCAGACCCAGCCACGCCCGGGGGAGAACCCAGUGUCUCAAGACACUCUCCAGCACCCUGACGGUCCAAGGGUGUUUUCCGAACCACAGGUGCCAAUGAUUCCCAGGACACAAGACAUUUCCGAGGAUGCCACUGUUUCAUCCAAGGAGGAGGAAGAGGAUUCUUCUGAUGAGACAGAUAAAAAAUCUUCCCGCCACACGGCACAGAAAGCAAAGAGCUCAGGGUUUGGCUGGUUCAGCUGGUUUCGCUCAAAGCCCACCGACAGCACACCCUCCUCCGGGGAUGAAGACUCUUCUGACGGCCCCGACUCAGAGGAGACCCCCAGGGCGCCUUCUCCCCCCCAGGCUGGCGCGGGCCUCUCACUGACGCCCCUCCCGGAGCCCCCGUCUCUGACAGGUGUCAACACCUUCUCCAGGGCCACAGGUGGGGGUGAAGUCCAAGGACCGACGUCCAGUGGGGGAGCAGCUGAGGUCACUGGGAAUGGAGGCCUGUCUGGGCCCCAGGGGGUUUCCUCAGAGCGCUACUUCAACCCUGGUGGCCUGCUUCCCCCAACCCCCAUGAAAGGGGCCGUUCCUCUCUACAACCCAUCGCAGGUGCCCCAGCUCUCCACGGCUCCUGGCCCGAGCCGGCCAAGUCGCCUCGCUCAGCGCCGCUAUCCCACGCAGCCGUGAGGAGUGACCACCCACCCCAGGAGGGUCUCCCUAGAGUGCAGUGUUUACGUUGCUGUCCUCUCCUCAUCUUCCAGCCCCUCUGCCGUGUCGGGGCCCCCCUGGGCAUGGAGAAGGCAAGGGGAUGGGGUCCCCCGGGAUCCAGCUCAGUCCAGCCUCUUAACACCAGCUUCACAUGACGGAAAUGACUCCAUGAGAUGGAAAGGUGGGGCAUGAGCUCAGAUGGGAGGGGAGCAGGGAACGGGGUGCCAUCCAUGGGGCAGCUCGGGGGAUGGUGGCUUCAGAUCCCCAGGCAAGUCGGGACCCAAGGACACCACCACCGCUGGAAUUAGCGCGGAUCCCACUGGGCUUUGCAGCAGGAAUUAUUGAGGGGCGCGGAGCACUCGGAGCAAUAUCCUGGACUAAUUUAACUCCUUCCUCAGGUUCAGUUAUAGACCAAUUCAUGGCUCUCCUUAGCAAAAGUUUUUAUACUAAAACUUGAUUAUUCUUGUCACAAUUCCCUUUUCAGUGGCACUUCAGCAGUUUCCCUGUUGGUCUUCAUUUUGUGCACAUUUUUAUGGGGUUCAGAUUAAUUAUAUCUCUCUCACUUUCUUCGCUGGUCCUAUUUUUUCACAUUCUGGCAUCUGGCUAUCAAGUUAGAUUGCUGUCGGCAUCCUAUUGUCAUGGUAACUGCUGAACCCAAUGAUGCAGAUGGAUGGAGCAUCAGUCAAACAGACGAUGGAAAACAUUUUCUAAAAAUUCGCCCCUUCCCUGAGAGGGGAGGGGUGAGUGUGCGAUACUGGUGCUCCCUCCCUGCCUGCUUCAGGCCUUUGCGAAUUGAUGUUCGGAGGGUCCCAGGCACCGGAAGGAGGAGGGGGACAUCUUGGAGAUUUCCAUUUUCUUCUUUGAAACCCAAAAUAGAAAUGACUGGUGGUGUUUGUCAGAUUUGCUGAAAAUUGCUCCUCACAAAGAACACUGCGUUUUGUAUGUGUAAUUGUACAUACAGGUUUUGUACUCUGACGUACUCCUGUUCUAAUGUUGGUAGCGAUUAAACAAGAUAAUUUUAUAGCAAAUGCUUGUCUGUGGCACAUUCCAUGGUGUGUUCCGGAGUCUUUUCUAAUAAUGGUUUCACUGUGUGA